UUGCUUUGGACUCUGUAAUACUAUCACUAGUUUGGUAGUGGUUGGCUGGGAUUUUCAUCUUUUUAAGUUGAGGGCAUUCCAGAGAGAUCUGAAAUCAUUGGUGCCGAUGAUUUGAGAACUACAUAUGUGUCCUGUGUUUGGACUUUGAUCAUUUCGAACGAUUCAAUAUCUUAUUGGAUUUUCCAGUACCAGCGAGCACUUUAUGGAGUCUGUGCUUGGUAAUUGGCCAUCGUACAACCCUCACAACUUCAGUCAGAUUCGACCUUCGGAUCCUUCUAGUUCUUAUAAAAUGACACCAGCCACUUACCAUCCUACUCACAGCAGGACCCUUCCAUCACCUGAUCAAGUGAUAAGUACCGAGGCCAAAAAUAUCCUGCUAAGACACAUAUAUCAGCAUGCAGAGGAGAAGGUUAGUCUUUUGAAACCAAAAAGAGCUGCAUCUGAUAGCCUUUUACCAGAGCAUGCAUGCAAGCAACCAAGGGUUUCCACCUGACACUUUUCAUUGACCAACUGAUGCAUGUGAUUGUGAGCUACUUUCUCAAUGAUUCACAAGUGCUUGACGAAGAAGAAGAGUUUGGUGCUUGUUUGAUGUGGUGAACUAUUUUGGCAGCUACAGACUUUGGAGUAUGUAAAUUUGAAGUCUAUUAACCCGCAUCAAAAUUUUACAGCAAAUGAAAUGAUGAUAUGCUUAUGUUGUGAAUUUGUGUGCCAUGCUUCGUGUGCUACACAGUUAACAGCUGCUUCUCCACAUAAGUUUGAAAGAGAUACAUGCUUUCUAUUUUAGCAUUUUCAAAAUGCAUCUUUAUCUUCUGGAUUCUGGAAUAUGUGGUGCCAUAAUUUUUCUCGUUA